AUGCAGUCCUUCGAUGUGAUACUGCGGAAUGCACAUGUCAACGGCGCUUAUGUAUGUGAUAUUGGCAUCAAGCAUGGCCUGAUCUCAUCUCUGGGCGUGAACCUUGUUGCUUCAGAGAACACCCAAAUCAUAGAAUGUGAACACGCCAUUGUCACGCCGGGCGGAAUCGAUGGGCACGUCCACCUGGCCCAAGACAAAUCACCGCGGGCGCGUGAGGCAGGAUACCAGUGUGCUGAUACAAUCGAGACAGGAACAAGAAGUGCCGUGGCGGGAGGCACCACCACAGUGCUUCUGUUUGCAGAGCAGUCCAGAGGAGAAUCGGUUCUGGAAAAGGUCGACGCAUACCAUCAGCUGGCAACGUAUCAGGGCUCCCAUGCAGACUAUGGGUUCCAUAUUAUCAUCACCGACCCUACACCAAAAGUGCUCGAACAAGAACUUCCUGUUCUCGCGCGACAGGGGAUUAGCAGUAUGAAACUAUUCUUGACGUACAAGCACAUGCGGAUAUCUGACAAGGACUUUCUGCGAGCUCUUCACAAAGCACGCGAACUUGGCAUGGUCGCGCUCGUCCACGCAGAGAAUGGUGACUUGGUCGACUUCUUCACAGAGCAGCUGGAAUCCCAGGGUCUGACGGACCCCGUGUACAAGGCCAUUGCUCAUCCAGCAGCCGCCGAGGCAGAAGCUACCAAUCGAGCGGUCACCUUUUCUUCCGUCAUGGAUACUCCGCUGCUGAUCGUUCAUGUCUCAGUGCCCGAGUCUACAGAAGUCAUCCGGAAAGCUCAAUCACAUCUAAAACCGGUGUUCGCUGAGACAUGUCCCCAGUACCUCCUCCUUGGCAAGUCGCAGUUGGCACAAGAACACUUCUGUGGUGCCAAGUUUAUAUGUUCGCCACCAUUGAGAAGCGACCCGAAUGAUGUCGAAGCCAUCUGGAGAGGCAUUAUCAACGGAACGUUUACAAUCUUCUCCUCUGAUCAUUGUCCGUACAGUUUCACCGGUCCACACGGUAAGCAGCUCGGACUCUCACGAGCAGAUAAUGGUAACCCCAACGGAAUGUUUACCAAGACUCCCAACGGAUUGCCCGGAGUAGAGACUCGCGUCCCACUGCUGUUUUCCGAAGGUGUCUUGAGAAGACGCUGUAUCGACAUAAAACGCUUUGUAGAAUUGACAUCGGAAAACCCGGCAAAGCUGUAUGGCCUCUACCCUAAGAAGGGCGCGAUACAGGUAGGAUCGGAUGCCGAUUUGGUGAUCUGGCAUAAAUCUUUCACACCGAGGCGACUUCAACAUGACAGGGAUCUGCAUGAUGGUUGUGACUACUCGCCAUACGAAGGGAUCGAAUUCUUGAAUUGGCCAAAGAUGACCUUGUUGCGCGGUCGAGUCGUUUUUCGGGAUGGUCAAAUCGUGAACUCAAGCAAGUAUGGCGAAUUUGUACCACGAAAGGGAUGCACCUUGCCACUAAGCAGGAAAAUGGUAGGCAGUUGGGACGUUUUGUAUGCAGCGAGUUGA